AAGCAAAGACUACAGAAGUUGUGCGCGAGAGAGACAGCUUGCUGGCUAGCUGGGCUAGAGUUAGCAAAGUGAGAAUCAUAAUGGAUACAAAUUCCUGUUUUUUAGUCGUUUUAGUCCUGCUUUCCGGGACAGGGAUUCGAGAAACGCAAGGUCUGCAGUGCCACUGUCAGCGGUGUCCGAACUCCACCUGCGUGACGGACGGCCUCUGCUACGUCUUCAUGAACAAGUCGGGGGGCAAGUACACGCAGGGGUUCGGCAUGUGCCUGAAGGAGUCGGACCUGUACCCCCCCGACCGGCCCUUCGUCUGCGCCGCCUCCACCAAGGACAACACCGGCAUCUACCCCCUGUGCUGCGACACCGACUUCUGCAACAAGGACCCCGACCUCAGCGACUUCAUAGUCCCCACCCCCAGGCCGCCGCCGAUGGGGGCGGUGGUGCUGGCGGCGGCCAUCGCGGUGCCCGUGUGCGCGCUGUGCGUGGUGCUGGUGCUGGUCUUCUGCGUCUGCCACAGCCGCGCGGUCAUCCACCACCGCGUGCCCAGCGAGGAGGACCCCUCCCUGGACCACCCCUUCCUGGCCGACGGCACCACCCUCAAGGACCUGAUCUACGACAUGACCACCUCCGGCUCGGGCUCAGGCCUCCCCCUGCUGGUCCAGCGCACCAUCGCCAGGACCAUCAUCCUCCAGGAGAGCAUCGGGAAGGGGCGCUUCGGCGAGGUGUGGCGCGGCCGCUGGCGGGGCGAGGAGGUGGCGGUGAAGAUCUUCUCCUCGCGCGAGGAGCGCUCCUGGUUCCGCGAGGCCGAGAUCUACCAGACCGUCAUGCUGCGGCACGAGAACAUCCUGGGCUUCAUCGCCGCCGACAACAAAGAUAACGGCACGUGGACGCAGCUGUGGCUGGUGUCGGACUACCACGAGCACGGCUCCCUGUUCGACUACCUGAACCGCUACACCGUCACCGUGGAGGGCAUGAUCAAGCUGUCCCUCUCCACCGCCAGCGGCCUGGCACACCUGCACAUGGAGAUCGUGGGCACGCAAGGCAAGCCGGCCAUCGCCCACCGUGACCUGAAAUCCAAGAACAUCCUGGUGAAGAAGAACGGCACGUGCUGCAUCGCGGACCUGGGGCUGGCCGUCCGCCACGACUCGGCCACCGACACCAUCGACAUCGCCCCCAACCACCGGGUGGGGACCAAGAGGUACAUGGCCCCGGAGGUUCUGGACGACUCCAUAAACAUGAAGCACUUCGAGUCGUUCAAGAGGGCCGACAUCUACGCCAUGGGCCUGGUGUUCUGGGAAAUCGCGCGGAGGUGUUCCAUCGGCGGCAUCCACGAGGACUACCAGCUGCCGUACUACGACCUGGUGCAGUCCGACCCCUCGGUGGAGGAGAUGCGCAAGGUCGUGUGCGACCAGAAGCUCCGGCCCAACAUUCCCAACCGGUGGCAGAGCUGUGAGGCGCUGAGGGUCAUGGCCAAGAUCAUGCGGGAGUGCUGGUAUGCCAACGGCGCCGCCCGCCUCACCGCCCUGCGCAUCAAGAAGUCCCUGUCCCAGCUCAGCCAGCAGGAGGGCAUCAAGAUGUAGGCCGCCAGCUCCACCCUCCGCCUCGCUGUCUCACUGUGUCUCUGUCUGUCUCUUUCACUGUCUCUCUCUCUCUUUAUCUCUCACACAC